CCUGGCUUGACAUUAGAGACAGCACACAAGGGGAGGGGAGAGGCAGCAGAGUAAAGGUGGAGGAGACAGACACGCAGACAUCCCGGGAGACAUAUGCGCCUCUCCGUGCUCGCCGUCCUCCUGCUCCUCACCGCCUCCAUAGCAGCUGUUGUCCCUGUUCUUUGCCCCUUCGUUUUGUUGGUGAGGAUAUCACAGUGAUGUCUGCAUUCAACCUACUCCAUUUGAUGACAAAGAGCCAGCCAGUGGCCCUGCGGGCCUGUGGGCUUCCCUCAGGAACACGAAAGCAAAAAAAGACUUGCAAAGUUGUUUUUACUGAGCAAGAGUUAAGGCAACGACUGACACCAAAGCAAUAUCAUGUCACCCAAGAAAAGGGGACAGAAAGUGCCUUUGCUGGAGAAUAUACUCACAACACAGCAACUGGGGAAUACAAGUGUGUUGUCUGUGGAGCAACUCUUUUCAGGUCGGAAAAAAAAUUUGACUCCAACUCAGGAUGGCCCUCAUUUUUUGAUGUUGUCAAUCCAGAAGCAAUAACGUUUACUGAUGACUUUUCAUAUGGGGUGCACAGAGUAGAAACAAGUUGUAAUCAGUGCGGUGCUCAUCUUGGUCAUGUCUUUGAUGAUGGCCCACGUCCAACUGGUAAAAGAUACUGUAUAAAUUCUGCAUCAUUGAACUUCAUACCAGAUGAGUCAGGUGGUGCUGAAGGUAGCCGUUCCUUAGAUCCACCUGGAAAGACUGAAUUGUAAAAACAGAGCAUUUUGUGGACUUUUCUGAAUUGUUUUACAGAAUAUAAUACCGGCUGUGCUUUCACUUUUUCCAUACAUUAUUGCUGCAGUCAUGUUUCAUGAUCAUCAAAGGAAUGUCAUAUCUUUAUUUUUAAGACUGUAUCUGAUAUAUACACAACAUAGUAAAGUUAAUGAAUUCAACAAAAAUCUAUAUAAUUACUAUCCUUUAAAGAUUAAAGUAAAAGGACAUUAGUGUUCAUAUCUGGGUCCCUUAAAAAAUUGCUUAUAUGCUCUAUUUACUUCUCUUUCCUUAUAGGACCGAUGGUAUGGCAUAAUGUUUUGUUGCAUUAUAUGUCAUACUACAUAAUGGAUAAUGUGUAGUGUAUGUGUACAUUUCGAAGACAAUGGACAACCAAAGAAUCAGUGGAAGGAAGGAAAUGAAAGCUGAAUUGUUGGCAUGGUUAAUAUUUGUUUCUAUAGAAUUUCCAAAAAUAAAAUACAAGCUGCAGGAUUAAAGAGCACCUGUCAGCAGGAUCAACAUUAUGAAACCAGGAUCAACCCUACCUGCUUGGGCUGAUACUGCUGAAUAAAAUGAUACCUGCCUUGUAAAGAUCUGUUGCUGCGUUCCCAAGAAAAAUAGACUUUAAUGCCUCAUUCACAUGUCAGUAUUUUGGUCAGUGAUGUCCAUCAGUGAUUGUGAGCCAAAACCAGGUGCGGCUCUAAACACAGAACAGGUGCAGCUCUUUCCAUUAUACUUUAUGUCUGUGGAGGCUCCAGUCCUGGUUUUGGCUCACAAUCACUGAUAGAAAUCACUGAUGGAAAUCACAAGACCUGUACAUGAAGCUUUAUUCUGCAAAUGAGAGCAUCAGUGCACAGAGGGGCGUGGCCAGAACUGGAAAGCUGUGGCACACUGAGGGACGGGGCCCUGUCCUUUAUGCACUCAAGCCUUCAUUUGCAUAGAGAAUAAAAGUAUUUUUUCUCAGGAAUGCCACAACUGAUUUUCACAAGGCGGUAUCAUUAUAGUGUUUGGUUUAGUAGGGAUUAUUCUGCUGACAAGUGCUCUUUAAGCGUCAGACUUUGUGGGUGUCUUAACAUCAAACUACGUUUAUGAGAGUAACUUUAUAAAGUGUCCUAUGCAGUUAUAAGUAUAUGAGCUGCAGCUUUUGUUUCUCCCAUCUAAAACUGCAUAGGAUGGGGUUACAUUGGGAGAUGUCUCAUUGUUGCUCAUCAGAUUUGUGGAAAGCAGGAAACUUCUCAAAGCAACAGUAAACAUACACUAUUAUGUGCCUGCACAAAAAAGCAUGCAAUAGAAACAUUUACAGGAGCUAUGCAAAGUGAAAAUCCUUGGCUGCACUAUAUCUACUCUAUCUAUGACUAUCUUUUUGUAUAAUGAUAGAUUUAUUUUAGAGUGAACACGACUACAUAGGAGUUCUAAAAAGAGAGCAGUCAGACCACAUAUUAGGUAGUAAGAUUUGUGUGUAUGCAUGUAUAAACAUAUAGUGGAUAUAAAAAAGUCUACACACCCCUGUUAAAAUGUCAGGUUUCUGUGAUAUA